UAUAUGCACCUUUUAGAAGCAUCAUCUCUGUUUAGGGUUUAGGAGACGAUGGCGUGGGGUGCAGCGACUCAGGACGGUGGCAGAUUCAGAGGGCGGCAAGGACACAACUGGAGGAGUGGAGAUUAUAGGAAUAGAACACAGGGACAGGUAGAAUCAUUCUUCAUAUACAACUUUCCAGAGGAUUGGGAUGCGAAGGCUCUGUGGUAUCAGUUUCAGAAUAGUGGAAAGGUGGUUGAUGUGUUUGUCCCAAGUAAGAGAGAUAGAUGGGGGGAAAUGCUGAGGGCAAGAGUGGCAUCUGUCAGGAGGCAGAGAGAGUUAGGAAAUCAGAGGAUUGCUGGGAAAAAGGCUGGGACUGUCAGGGUACAGAAAGGGUAUGGGCACCGAAGAAAUGCUAGCUUGAAAGUGGGGAUCAGGGAGCAGCGACUUGUUCAACCAGGAGUAACAUACGUCCAGGCUAUUAUGGGAUCUUCAAGGAAAGAUAGAGCUCUGGAUCUGAAUACACAAGCAAAAGAGAAGGUGAAAUCAGCAGCUACGGAUAGGGCAUCAAUUAAUCAAAGGAAGGAUGUGAAUCCUGAGGAGAAAAACUCCGGUGAUAAGGAGGGAGCUAUGAAAGAGGGGUACAAUAGGGAGGAAAUUAUAGAAUUUUUCCCAUUGAAAGAGAAGAAUCAAUGGCUGCAGGGGAGCAUGAUAGUAAUGGUUAAGUCCAUGUCAAUGAUCUCUACUAUUCAAGAGAGACUGGAUGUGGAUGGGGGCUUGAUAAAUUUAUCUCCAUUAGGAGGAAGGAGCGUAUUAUUAACGGAGAGACUGGCGGGUUAUUUGAAGGAGUAUGUGCAACAACACAAAGAGAUGCUUGAGCUCUGGUGUGAGAAAAUUCAGCCAUGGGAUGUGGCACCUCAAAAUUACGGUAGAAUGGUUUGGGUGCGUAUAUCUGGAGUUCCAUUAAAAGCCUGGAGUGAUAGAUGCUUUGAGAAGAUAGCAGCCUCAUUAGGGGAAGUAGUAUUGGUACAUGAAGAUACAAAAUCCAAGUCGAUUUUGUGUGAUGGAAGAGUGUUGAUUUUAUGCUCUGAAAUGAACAAAAUUGUAAAGUCAUUGAAGUUAAAAGUGGAGGAGAAGUUGUAUCAGAUCAGAGUGAUGGAGGAAGAGUGGAGGGCCGACCCGGAUUGGUGGCUGUCGGAGGAUGACCAGAGGGAAGAGGCAGAAACGAAUUCCGAUAUCUCUUCAUCGGAACAGGGGGAUGAGGAUCACGAAUUCAAUUAUUCCGAGAUUCGAGGUGAUGAGAUAGAUGAUGUAGAGGAGAUUGAUGGGGAACGGCUAGAGGCAGAGGGAAGUUUGAAUUCAAAACAAGAUGGAACAACAGAGAGUAGGGGGUUUACGAGAGAGGAGAAUAAGGAGCUGGAUGGGCCCAGCUAUAAAAAGGGCCUAAUAAGGGGUGCAAAAGAUGGGCCAGAGGAUGAGAAUGGGCUGAAGGGGAAUACUUCUCAAGUGCAGGAAACAAGUGUAACGGGGAAUGGGCCGAAGACCAUAAUCGGCAUUAUAGGUGAAGUGCAGGGGAUAAUUGAGGGGGAGCUGAAUAAUGAAGUUGAUUUGGGAAUUAGGGAUCCGAGAGAGAAAAAAAAGAAAGAACUAAAAGCAUGCUACCCUCAAGAGAAGAUUGCAGGCAGCGAAAGGAAGGCUCAAGGGAGCUCAGACGGAAGGAGUGUGUUGAAGAGGAAGGAGGUGGGAAAAUUGGUAAAAGCCGAACGUCCGGAUGUAUUAUUUUUGCAGGAGACAAAAUUAGAGGUGGUGCAGGGGAAUCUUUGUAGAUCGAUGUGGUUUUCGGAUGAAUUUGAAUGGGUGAUGAAGGAAUCUGUAGGAGCUUCUGGAGGCCUGUUGUGUGUUUGGAAUAGGCUGAAAUUUGUGAAACAAAGGGAGUUUACAGGUGACGGGUAUGUGGGUAUUUCGGGGGAAUGGGGAUCUCAGAAGAUAAGGUGUAAUUUGGUGAAUAUCUAUGCAGCAAAUGAUAGACAAAAGAAGCUCAAGAUGUGGGAAGAGCUUCGGCAUAUGAUAUUGGAGGAGGAAGGCCGAUGGCUGAUAACUGGAGAUUUUAAUGCGGUUAGAAAUACAAAUGAAAAGAAGGGUAAAACGGGGGAGACAACGGAAAUGAGGGAUUUCGAUGAUUUUAUCGUGUCAGCUGGUUUGGUGGAUUUAAAAUUGGCCAAUAGACGCUUCACAUGGUACAGGCCGGAUGGAUCAUCGAUGAGUCGGUUAGACAAGGUCUUGAUGUCGGAUGAGAUGUACAAUUUGGGAAGGGAAUGGGUGCAGCAAGGAUUGAAGAGGACGGUGUCAGAUCAUUGUCCGAUUAUGGUCAAAACAUCAGCAGCAGAUUGGGGACCAAAGCCUUUUCGGAUGUUUGAUGCAUGGCAACAGCACCCACAAUUUAGGAAGGCAAUGGAGGACAAAUGGAAGGAACUAAAGGUGAAAGGGUAUGCUGGAUACAGAUGCUUGCAGAAGCUAAAGAGAUUAAAAGAAUUUCUAAAAGGUUGGAAUAAGGAGGUGUUCGGGAAUAUGGAAUCACAAUUCAAUAAAGUUGCAGAAAAAGUUGAAAGGAUUGACCUGAAAAAUGAAGUAGUGGAGCUGGAGGCAAGCGAGGUGAAUCAAAGGAAAGAAGGCUUUCAGCAAAUAUGGGACAUGUUGAGGAUGAGAGAGGCUAUGUGGAAGCAAAAAUCAAGAAAUGAUUGGGUUAAAUUGGGGGACCAGAAUACCAGAUAUUUCCAUAAGGUUGCAAAUGGGAGAAAGGCGAUUAAUAAUAUCCAGGGAAUAAUGAGUGACGGUCACUGGGUAGAGGAACCAGUUUUGGUUAAGAAAGAGGUGAUGUUAAACUUCCGCAAGAUGUUUCAAGAGGAAUCUUGGGUUCGGCCUAAGCCUUCAAAUAUUGAAUUCAAGAAAAUCUCUGAAGAGCAGACGGAAUGGCUUGAGAGACCCUUUACUGUUGAGGAGAUCGAAGAAGGAUUGAAGAGCUGUGAUGGAAGUAAAGCCCCAGGCCCUGACGGUUCCAAGUUAGUGAAAGGGCUGAAUUCUUCUUUCUUUACAUUAGUCCCGAAAAAACAGAAUCCUAGGGACUUAAAAGACUUUAGGCCUAUUAGUUUGGUAGGAUGCGUGUACAAAUUACUGUCAAAGGUGCUAGCUAAUAGGCUUAAAAAUGUAGUAUCAGAAAUCAUCAGUGAAACACAAUCUGCUUUUGUUGGAGGAAGACAAUUAGUUGACAGCGUCCUGGUUUUAAACGAAGUUGUGGAUGAGGUUCGGAAUAGGAAGACAUCAGCUUUUGUUUUUAAGGCUGAUUUCCAAAAAGCUUAUGAUUGUGUUAACUGGUCUUAUCUGGAUUGGAUGAUGGAUAGAUUUGUUUUUGGAACCAAGUGGAGGGGGUGGAUUAAGGAGUGCCUUUCAACCGCACGAUGUUCAGUGCUGGUAAAUGGAAGCCCAACGGAGGAGUUUGAUUUGGAGAAAGGGUUGAGGCAAGGGGAUCCUUUGUCUCCAUUUCUAUUUCUGAUGAUUAUGGAGGGGCUAAAUGGACUGGUAAAGAAAGCAGAGACUGAAGGAUUGCUACAGGGAAUUGAGAUUGGUAAAAGGGGGCUGAAGGUUUCAUUGCUGCAAUUCGCAAACAAUACGGAUUGAGAUUUAACUACAGCAAAAGCAGUAUCUAUGGUCUUAAUGUGAAAGAGAGCUGGGUAAGAGGAGCUGUAGGUAUUUUAAGG